CCAUCGCCAUCCACACACUCCCGCCAGGAACAGAAAAAGAGUAAAAGAUGGCCGCCAGGUUGAACACCGCCAACGUCAGGGUGAAGUAUUCGGAUGAGGCCGAACAUAUCAAGGACUUUCUUCAGACAUUCAAGUCUGUCUUAACCGAGGCCGAUGUUGAGGACACUGGAAUGGAGGUCGAUGGUCAAGGCGUUCUUCAGCUGAAGUAUUUCAAGCAGUUGCAAAUGAUUGCCAACCGCAGGCAGAAGAAGCUGGUUAUUCAUCUGGACGAUAUUGUCAAGUACGAUCGCACCAGGACAUCCAACUUGGCUCAGAACAUCAUCUCCAAUACCAAGCGCUAUGUCAGCCUGUUUUGCAAUGCCAUUGAUGCCAUCAUGCCAGCGCCCACAGAGGAUAUGGACCACACAACCUCGGUGCUCGAUGUCAUUUUGAGCCAGCGCAGGAGUCACAACAGUAACUUUAUUGCUGCCAACGGAGAUGUGCCUCUGGAAGAGCUUCCCUUCCCACCUGCUCUCACCAGAAGAUACCAAGUGGUUUUCAAGCCGCCCACCAACCAGAAGGCGCUCUCCGUCCGCGAGAUUAAGGCUGAGUACCUUGGAAAGCUGGUAACUCUUCAGGGUAUUGUCACCCGAGUCACGGCUGUGAAGCCCUUUGUCGAAGUAGCAGCCUAUACUUGCGAAUCCUGCGGUAAUGAGAACUUCCAGGAGGUGACUGCACGCCAGUUCAUGCCCUUAACCGAGUGCAACUCUCAGGUGUGCAAGACCAACCAGACCAAAGGAAAGCUCCACGAGCAGACACGUGCCAACAAGUUUUUGGAGUUCCAAGAAGUCAAGAUUCAGGAGCUUACACAUCAAGUUCCUGUUGGACAUAUUCCUCGUUCGAUUAAGGUUCAUUUGUUUGGCGUGAUGACCAGGACCAUGAACCCUGGAGAUACCGUCGCUGUUUCAGGUAUCUACGUGCCCAUUCCUUACACUGGCUUCCAGGCCAUGCGUGCAGGACUUUUGACCGACACUUAUCUCGAAUGCCACCAUGUGGAGCAGUCCAAGAAGCAAUAUUCAGAGAUGACGAUCUCGAGUGAAGUUCAGGAGGAGUUGGAGGAGAUGGCACAGGAUCCCGAUGUGUACAACAAACUUGCUCGCUCGAUUGCACCCGAGAUUUAUGGUCACGAGGAUGUCAAGAAGGCGCUGUUGCUUUUGAUGAUUGGCGCACCGACCAAGAUAAUGGGUGACGGCAUGAAGAUUCGUGGAGAUAUCAACAUCUGUCUGAUGGGAGAUCCAGGAGUGGCCAAGUCGCAGUUGUUGAAGUACAUCACCAAGGUUGCGCCCCGUGGUGUCUACACCACUGGUAAAGGAAGUUCAGGAGUUGGUCUCACAGCUGCCGUCAUGAGGGACCCCGUUACCGAUGAGAUGAUUCUUGAGGGCGGAGCAUUGGUUUUGGCCGACAACGGUAUCUGCUGUAUCGAUGAGUUUGACAAGAUGGACGAGUCGGACAGGACAGCAAUCCACGAAGUCAUGGAGCAGCAGACCAUCUCGAUCUCGAAAGCUGGCAUCACCACUACACUCAAUGCUCGUGCCUCUAUCUUGGCUGCUGCCAACCCUAUCUACGGUCGCUACAACCCUCGCAAGUCGCCUGUCGAGAAUAUCAAUCUGCCUGCGGCACUGCUAUCGCGCUUUGAUAUCCUGUUCUUAAUUCUGGACACCGCAAACGAGGAGAACGAUUCGAGAUUGGCAUCCCAUAUCACCUAUGUUCACAUGCACAACCAGGCUCCCAAGAUGGACUUUGAGGCGUACAGCGCUAGCUUGAUGAGACACUAUAUCGCGGCGGCACGGCAAAAACGACCGACUGUGCCGAAGGCAGUCUCUGAACACAUUGUGGAUGCAUACGUGCAGUCACGCCAGAAUGGCAAGGCUGAGAGAGAGAACGGACAGGAAUUCACAUAUGUUAGUGCGCGUACGUUGCUCGGAGUGCUCCGUCUCGCACAGGCAAUGGCUCGUCUCCGGUUCUCGGAUGUGGUCACGGUCGAGGAUGUCAAUGAGGCACUAAGAAUGGUCGAUGUCUCCAAGGCCUCGCUAUACGAUCAGGAUCCUGCACACAACGGCCAAGACGGCCGGACAUACUCGAGCCCAACAGACAGGAUCUACGAUAUUAUCCGUACGAUGAGCAAGGAUCCUGAGGACAACUGGAGAUUGGUUGAGGAGUUGAGGCUACAAGAGGUCAGGGACCGGGUUUUGGCCAAGGGAUUCAAGAUCCAGGAGUUCGAGGAGUGCUUGCGGGAGUACGAAGACAUGAAUAUUUGGUUCGUGAACGACGCCCAUACCAAGUUGACCUGGAUCUCCAGGGACUAAAGAGAUAUAGCUGGAUAGGAAGGUUCAUUUCAGUGGCGCUUUUUGAGUAGAGCAAAGAAUAUGCUGCAAAACGAAGUAAGCUAUGCCAAGAUAAUAAUAAUAAAAACAACAGCAGCGAAGU